AUGUCUGCCAACUUCACCGCCGUCACUGCCCAGGAUGCCUGCCCUCGUGAGUCACAUCUCCAGCUGGAACUGUGCCAGCCAGCCAGCCAGCCAACCAACCCAGAAGAACCCAAGCUAACAAUUGACUCUCCAGCUGCCGGCCCUUACUCCCAGGCCAUCCGCGCCAACGGCACAAUCUACGUCUCCGGCCAAAUCCCCGCCGACGCCUCGGGCAACCUCGUCGAGGGCAACAUCGGCACUCUGACCCAAGCCUGCUGCAACAACAUCCAGGCCAUUGUGACCGCCGCCGGAUCCAGCGUUGGCAAGAUCGUCAAGGUCAAUGUCUUCCUUACCGAUAUGGCCAACUUCGCUGAAAUGAACGCUACCUAUGAGAAGUUCUUUACUCACAAGCCUGCUCGCAGCUGUGUUGCUGUUAAGCAGUUGCCCAAGGGUGUUCCUGUUGAGAUCGAGUGCAUUGCUCUGGAGUAG